UUGUCAACUUGAACGAUUAAUAUCUCAGCUCGCGGAGCACAGCAACGUUUUUUCUCGGACAUUUUGUUUCUGACAAAAACGCGUCGACUGAGAACAAUUUCAUCGAUCUUUGAGCUACUAAUUAUACGUUACGUACCAAUAUGGAUAACCUAGAGAUCACUGAUUUGAACAAAGAGAUCCAACUUAAUAAGAUCCAUGUUGAUGAAAAAAAUCCGCGGGAUAUACGUGAAGAAGUCAACGAUAUCUCACAUGCAGGUGAUGAAGAGCAACGAGAAAAAUUGUUACGACUACCCCUGGGAAGAAUAAAAACCAUCAUUAAAAUGGAUCCUGAAGUUUAUUCUGUUAAUCAAGAGGCUGCGUUUUUGAUGGCGAAGUCAGUGGAAUUUUUUAUUGAAUCUCUUGCAAAGGAAUCUUAUAGAUAUACUGCACAAGCAAAGAAAAGGACUGUGCAAAAACAUGAUGUAGAAAAUGCCAUUGAUAAUGUGGAUGCACUUGUAUUUUUGGAAGGUAUGCUCGAUUAA